AUGCCCAAGACAAUGGUUGAUUACAAAUGGGAUGUGGGGACCUAUUUCACUAAAAAGGAGGAACUUUUAGAAGCUAUCAAAUGCUAUGCACUUGAAAAUGGGAGAAACAUAAAGUUUGUUAAGAAUGACAAAAGACGAGUGAGAUUAAGAUGUAUAGGUGGGAAAGGAAAAUGCCCAUGGACAGCAUAUUGUGGUUACAUGAAAGCUAUUAAAAUCUGGCAGUUGCAAAAAAUUGUAGAUAACCACACAUGCAGUAGGGAAUUCAACCUACGUGUACUUAGUUCAAAGUGGUUGAGUAAGAAACUGGAAAAAAUAGUUAGGGAAAACCCAAGAGUAAAAGGAACUGAAAUCCGUGAAAAAAUUAGUAGAAAAUGGAAUGUUGGUAUCUCAAGGUGUAUGGCUUAUAGGGCCAAAGCAAUUGCAGCAAAAAAUGUUGAAGGGUCCUUUAAAGAACAAUACAAAAAGAUAUAUGAUUACGCGUAUGAGCUUCUAGCAAGAAAUCCAGGAUCAACAGUGAAAGUUAAUGUUGAGGAGAAUGAAAGGGAACCAAUAUUCAAGAGGUUUUACGCAUGUUUGAAAGCAUACAGAGACAAUUUCAUUUCAUGCAGACCUAUAAUUGGAUUGGAUGGGGCUUUCUUGAAAGGGAAAUACAGAGGAGAGUUGUUAACAACCAUUGAGCUACUUAUUGAGGACCUUGGUGGACCUGCAGUGUGUGCAUCCUAUACAUCUAUAUCUGAUCGACAAAAGGGCCUGCUACCAGCCAUACAAGAACUUCUGCCUGGAGUUGAUCAACGUUUCUGUGUAAGGCACUUAUAUUGGUCCAGAUCAAGAUUUACCACAAAGGCUCAAUCUGAUACCUUGGUAAACAAUAUGUCUGAGGCCUUCAAUAAUGUAUUGCUGCAUACAAAGACUAAGCCUGUGAUAAGCAUGUUGGAGGAUAUUCGGCUGGUCAGCAGAGAAAUUAUUUGA